AUGAUGCUUGGAAUAAAGGGGCUCCUAAAUUACUCUUUGGUAGCUGCGGCUGAACUAAGGCACCAUAAAAUAAUGAACUUAUUAUCUCCCCUGGUUCUGGUCAGUGUCUUCUUUGUGACAAGUGGCCAGUUCCUUCCGCUACCACUUCAACCAACACUACACUUGCCAGUCAGUUCCCUGUGUCACAGUGUCCGAUGCCCUCAUGGUCAACACUGUAGAGUGGUCCAGUCUUGUCCUCACUGCCAGCCACAACCAGUCUGUGUUUCUUGUGUACCUAGAGGUGUAGAUGCAGUAUGUCACAGACACCAUUUCUUGGAUGCAGUGCUGCACGGAGAUCAUUUCAACCAUCAGUUCUUAACAGCAAGACGAUGCACCCCACACAUUCCACACGACUGUCCCUUUGACUCUGUGUGUGUGGCUGACGGCCCUGGUCUUGCUCACGGUGAAUGUUGCUACAACAGGGUGCCGCCCGGCUUCCCUAUCAUAACCCCACACCCGCAGUGCAUUCCGAACCGGUGUCUCCCUUUUUGUCCACUAGGUCAGACUUGUCAGAGAGUGACCAUUUGUCCCUUUGUGCCUCCUUGUUUUGAAGAGUAUCAGUGUCGACCAAUCUUUGGGCCACUACAACUGGGGGCGGCGGCAGCACUGACCUUAGGCAAUGAAUGAAAUACAUAUAAAAUACAACGAA